AAGGCAGCGUCACUGAGUGACGAUUGCAAGUGAAGUUCGUCCCCGCUACCGAGGUGUUCAACUUUCAACUCUACAACGCUUGAAUAAUUUUAAUGUUUUAAUUUGAGCGAAUUAUCUGGCCGGGAAGUAAACAACUGGGAAAGUAAGUUGCCUUCCCACGCGGGGAAGAUGCAGACAUUUGAAAUCGAUAUGGUGGCGACCCGCGCGUGAGAAGCUCCCGAAACACAGGAAGACGCGUGAACUACGGAUGUGUGACCGUGACGACGGCGGACGCGUUUUGUUUCAUGUCCUCGUCUGAAGUUGACGUGCUGGGCGACGACUAGUUCAGCUUCAGCCUCACCGAGGCUUCUUCUUGCUGUGGGGUGUACCGAACGCGAGCCCCCAGAACUGCCUUCGCGUGUGCUCGCAUACGUGCUCUCGUGGGUUCCAACAUGGGCACCCAGGGCGCAGGACGGAAAAGAAACAGCAACAAGGAGAGAUCCACGGCAGAGGACGAUGCCUUAAAUCUCAUCGCCAGAGAGGCUGAGGCCCGACUGGCAGCCAAGAGGGCAGCGAGGGCAGAAGCCAGAGAGAUCCGCAUGCGGGAACUUGAGAGGCAACAAAAAGAGAUCUUUCAGGUGCAGAAGAAGUAUUAUGGCUUGAAUCCCAAAUCAGAUGACAGAUCAGACAGCAAAUGGGGAGAUAUUGAGCAAUGGAUGGAGGACAGUGAGCGAUACUCACGCCCCUCACAGCCGCACACGCUUUCAGACGACGACGAACGCAUGUCUGUGGGAAGCCGAGGCAGCGCCAGGUCGGAUCUUGAUGUGGUUUACGGUGCCGGGAGCUCGUCGUCGCUCUCGCAUAAGUCCAAGAAGAAAAAGAAGCAUAAGCACAAAGAGAAGGAUAGGAACGGCCACGAUGAUGAGUACAGUGUUCUAUCCAGCCGGGCAUCGUACGCCUCGUCUGACUUGUACAGCCUCAAUGGUCUGCCCACCGGCCGGAAUCCGGGUUCAACUGGCUCCUACCAGAGCUCCUUAUACGAGGACGGUCUCUGCUCCGGGUCGCGGCGACUCUCCGGCUCCAACUUUGGCUCCCAUCCUCUCGAGUACAGCGGCUACCGCGGCUCCAACUCCAGAACUUCCAGCCGGGCCAAUUCUGCCCGUACCAGCCCAGCGGUGAGCCGUCCAGAUAGCCUGCCUGCAAGUCAUGAAAUGCAGCCGCUUGACAAUGCUGGCUCUGUCGCCAGUCUGUUCAGAAGCACUUCCAGUAGCAGAGGACUCCCCAGAGAUCUGGACGAUGUUACUAUUCCCGAUUUUUCUGACGUCGACGACAGGGAUUAUCUCGAGAAAGGUUCCCGAGCGGCUUCUGCGUUAACGGCGGCCACUCUCGCCUCCCUCGGCGGGACUUCCUCGCGGAGAGCAAGUGUAGAGACCGCCAUCACAGUCGAUGCCGAAACAGCAACGAGAGAAAUUAAGGAAAUUCAUGAACUGAAGGAUCAGAUCCAAGAUGUGGAGUCCAAGUACAAUCAGAACCUAAAAGAAGUCAAGGAGGCGUUAACAGAAGUGGAGGAGAAGUACCGCAAGGCCAUGGUGUCCAAUGCUCAGCUGGACAAUGAAAAAAACAACCUGAUGUACCAGGUGGACACACUAAAAGACUCACUGAUAGAACUAGAAGAACUCCUGUCCGAGUCGAGGCGGGAGUACGAAGAGAAGGUCAAGGACUUUGAACGCGAGAAACAUGCCCACAGUGUUCUUCAGUUCCAGUUCAACGAAAUGAAAGAGACGCUGAAACAAAGCGAGGAGCUGCUCAAUGAGAUCCGUCAGUUGCGUUUGAAACAGGAGAGUUUUGCUAGGGAAAUAUCGGAUCUACAAGAGACGGUGGAGUGGAAGGAUAAGAAAAUUGGGGCCUUAGAGCGUCAGAAAGAAUACACGGACGCAAUCCGAACUGAGCGAGACGAACUCAGAGAAGAGGUUGUGAAGCUGAAAGAUAUUCUAAAGAAACACGGAAUAGUACUCGGACCCGAUCUGAGCCUCAACGGCGAUACCAGUGAGACGGAAACAGACGUCGCCACCAGCGGCGGCGACGCGGCUCCCCAGCAGGCUCAGGCUUCGCCGACCUCCCCGUCGGAGGGCAACAGCAUGCUCGGAAGCUCAGAGGAGACUCAGUUGAGAAGUAGAGGAAAGGAAGAGGUGGAUCAAGAACAGCCUGGACAAGUGUUUGAGCAAGGCCAGAUGAGUCACCUGAGCGCCGAUAGGCUCUCGAAUGCUGAUGAGGCAUCAAGGCCCGUUCAUGAAAAUGACAGUUGCCUUAGCCAUGGCUUGCAGAUUGCGCUGGCAGUCACAACUGCCACGGAUCAAAUGGUUCUCAGGUCCACAGUUCAAGAAAACGCAACAAGUCCUGUGGAAACAGAUCCACAAAUCAACUCUGAUUUAGAGGAGACAGACGCACAAAUCAUUAAUAAUAUUGAAGAGAGCUCUGAUGACAUUAUUCAAACACAGCCAAACAAACACAAAACCAAUGAGGAAGGUCAUUUGACAAAGACAGAACCAUCGGUACAAACUGUGAAAGAAUUGCGUCCCCAAGAAGAUCAUGAAAAAAGUUGCCAAGUAGAUGUUCACAAGUCAGAAUCGGCUCACCAAGAAGUAGUAAAAGAUUCUGAACCAGGUCAACAAGUAGACGUUGUCGAUUUUGACUCUUGUCCUCAGGAAGACGUACAAGAAUCUGAAUCAUGUUCUGAACCUUGUCCCCAUGGACAAGGUGUUAAAGACCCAAAAUCUUGCCUCCAAGUAGUCAAAGAUUUUGAAUCAAAUUCCCACGAAGAAGACAUAAACGAUUCAGAUUUAUGUCGCCGAGUGGAUGCCCCAAAAUCGGAACCGUGUCCUGAAGAAGACAUGCACGAUUCUAAAUCCUAUCCUGAAGCAGAUGUCCAAGAUUUUGUCGACCUACAAGUUCCAGAAUUAUGUCUCCAAGUCAAUUCUGAUUUGCUUCCUCAAGAUGGUAUCCAAGGUUUGGACUCAGUUCCCCUAGUAGAUGUUCAAGAUUCUCAAUCUUGUCUUCAAGAAAAUAGAACUGAUAGCACACAUGUUGACUCAUGCCCCCAAUUAGAAGAUAUCAAAGAUUCUGAAUCAUUUCCCCAAGAGGAUAUUAAGUAUCCUGAACCAUGUCCCCAAGUACAGGUCAUCAAAGAUGCGGAAUCUAGUCUCCAGUUAGAUGUAAAAGAUUAUGAAUCACAUCCCCUCCAAGGAGACAGAAAAGAUCCAGAAUCUUCCGAAUCAUAUCCCCAAAAAGAAUGCACAAACGAUCCAGAAUCUUGUCUCCAAGUAGAUAUCAACGAUUCAGAAUUACAUUCCCAAGUGCUAGUUGCUGAAGAUUCUGAACCUGGUCUCCAAACAGUAGAUCCUGAGUCCAACACUGAGCCGCAGCAUGAAACUGCUGAGGCAAGCAGCGAUGAGGGAGAUAAAAAUGCCACCAAGCCGGCGGCACGUAAGACUGCUAAUGCACGUGGGAAAAAGAAAAAAAAGAAGAGGAGAGGCAAAAAGAAAGGAGGCUCCCUUGAGGAACAAAAUCACCAAGAAAAUGUGACUGCUCAUGCGAGCGUUCAGAUGGCAGGCGUGACAGAAGAUUUAGGAAAGGAUGAGUCUGCUGCAGGCUGUGGCAACGACGGUAACGCCGUUGAAUGCCUCCCUGAAUCAGUUGUCCAACGAGUAGAUGCAUCUGACCCGGUGGAUCACACGGAAACCUCAAAUGAUCCCACGGAAUCCACAGUGGAGCAAACGGUCAAUCCGAAUGAGCCCAACGUACAGCAUUUGGACACUGGAAAAGUACAGAUCCCUCAACCGGAGGCCCCCACGGAGACUUUUUCUCUCACUUCGCCACUCGUUCAGACAAAAACGGAUCAUGAUGGAGAAGAAAGUUUGGAUUCUGCGGAUGUGCGGGAAGGAUGCGUUCAGGGGUCGGAGCCAGAGCCGAGUCACAGUGGCGCUGAUCUUCUUUUGGAGAGUUGUGACAAGGACUCCGUUUUAGAGGAGACCACGACGGUUGACAUUUCAGGCCACGGUGACACAAGUUCAUCAGGUGUUGUCCAUAGUGAACGUGAAACAAGUUCUGAAACUACAAACUAUAAUAAAGAAAACUUGGUAGCCAUGUUAGAAGUUGAAAGCCAUGGUGAAACAGCUCACUUUGAAGCUCCUGAAAGUCAGAAUCCGAUGUCUGUGAUGUCACCGUCGGAGCCGGCUGUUGGGGUAAUUCCUGAUACCUAUGAGGAUUUUGAGAACGCUUUGGAACAGAAAACUUUGCCAAACCAAGAAGAUAAGGAGCCGGAAGCAGAGUGCGAGUACAGAUUCAGCGAGCAAAAUCAACACGUGUUGGAAAAUGAGCAGUUGUUCGAUUUAGUCAAGAUGGAGAAUUCCUUGUGCGACCUUGACAAUGGAGAGAUAGUCUUGGAGACUCAGGCCGAAGCGAUUGCUGACAAACAGACAUUGCCGUGCGAAGAGCGUGCUGACGCUACCUCAGACACCGAGGUUCAGACCCCAGAGUCCGAGAACACCAGAUGUGAAGUCAGUCUUGAAAAAUGUGCUCCUGCAGAGGAGCAUGAGCAGCGUGAAAGCAGUCAAGGUGACCGGGAAGUCCCUCCUCUCGACACCUACCGACAGGACAGGGAGGAGGAUGUUGAGGAUGAAGAUGAGAAAGGGCAGUCCUUUGACUUUGAUGACAUGGAUAUAGACGAAGCCAUAGAGAUGGAAACGCUCGAAAAUCCGCAGCAGAAGGAAGUUGAGCUGGGAACUGAAGAAGUCCUGUUCAAUGAAUUAAAUACCGAUCGCGACAGUCAUGCCGAAGAGCAAAAGGAUAGAGAGGCGUGUACGCGUGACGCCACACCAGAAAAUCCAGAGCAGCCGGGCGUUGACGUGGCUGUUGAAGUCCUGCCAGAUGAAUCCAGUAACAAUAAUAACUGUAACAUUGAAGAGCCAAAGGACAGCGAGGCUGGCACAUACGUCGCCACGCCAGAUCACAUUUUGGUUGAAGUGGAAUCCGCACCUGAACAUUUGGGAACUGUAGACAACAUGAACGAACAAAGCCACGUGAAGGACAAUAGCGAGUCUUCCAAUACCGGAGUACCAGAAACCACGGACAUAGACCAUAUCCCACCUGAAGCUUCGCCUUUAGUGGUAGAAGCAUCGGUUGCCGUUGAGAACCGGCGAGAUUUAAGCGCGACCCUCGGCAACCGAGAGACGCCGCUCUCUGGAAAAGAUGGGAAGAAAAAUGGAAAGAAGGGCAAGAGCAAGGGCAGAGAAGACUGCAAGAGAUUCGUCUGAGGAAACUAGUGGACGAGCGUGAAAAAAUGAUCGAGCAGAUGAAGAAGCUCAAAGCUCAAGUGGACCAGAAAAGCCAGAAAAAUGGCACCGAUGGCAGUUGGAGUGCAGAGAGUGAACCUUUGGAAAACGGCAAUGAUC